AACUGAAUACUGAAUAGCUUUUAUCCUUGUCAUAUACAGCCGAGUUGCUGCAUCGGUUAGAUAGUGCCAGUCGGGUCAGUGCAGCAGGCCUUAAAAGAAGUCUCUGAAAGUUCGGUCGCCCAGAAAGUUUCGCAUCGUUGGUAGAGUAGGACCUGCCACUUGGAUUACGACCAAAAGAACUUUGAAGAAAAUAUCAUUCUUCAAGAUCGAACGUGUUAUAACAAAACAUCCUAUAUCAUGUCCAAAACUAAGGAUAUUACCAAGUUCUCGGCUGAACAAUUGCAAGAGUUUUUGACGUCGUUCGACGUGGUGUUUUGCGACAUCGACGGAGUUCUAUGGCAACAAUUAAGUAAACCUAUUGAGGGUGCUUCCGAGUCUUUAAUGACAUUGCAAAACAUGGGGAAAAAAAUUUAUCUAAUAACGAAUAAUACCACUGCAAUAGCAGAUAAUUAUUAUAAGAGCGUUGAACAUAUCCGUUUGAAUUUAAGUUCAGAUCACAUAAUCGACACUAUGAAAAUAAUGGUUUGGUACUUGAAAAAAAUUGGUUUUCGUGAUGAAGCUCACGCCAUUGUUUCCAAUCGUGCACGAAAAAUGUUGACAGAAGCAGGAAUACGAUUAACAGAACAACCCAAAGUUUCCGAACUUGAUACAACUUUAACCGCAAAGCAGGUUAUAGAUCGGCCAUCUGUUAAAGCUGUUAUUGUUGACUUUGAUGUGCAUUCCAAUUGGUCAAUGAUGGCAUUGGCUAUAUCGUGCCUCGCACGUAAGGAUGUACUGUAUAUAACAGGGAUAACAGAUGAUGGGUAUCCGUUCUCCACCAAACCCCCAAUUAAAAUCUUAGGUCCUGGACCGUUAAUAAAUGUUAUUACUUCGCAAAGCGGAAGACAGCCGAUUCCAUGUGGCAAACCUAGUCAGAACUUAAAAGAUUAUAUUUUAGAAGAAUGCAACGUGACCAAUCUACAAAGAUGUUUGUUCAUCGGUGACACGAUUAAACAGGACAUGAAGUUUGCCUCGAUGUGUGGAUGUAUAAAGCUGUUUGUUGAGACGGGAUGCGAUACGUUAGAAGAAGCACAAAAAGAAGAUGAUUCCUGCCCGGACUACUAUCUUCCUAGCUUAGGUCAACUGUUUUCCGCUAUAAUCAUCCACAAUGUGAGCGUAGCGCCAACCACAAAGUUAAUAAUUGAAGCUUUAAUAGAAAAUUAGUUAUGAAUCAUUGACAUUAUUAUUUUAAUAUUGUCGCUCAAAUUGACGAUGUCAUUUACAAAUAUCAAUUAUACAGAUAACGUCAAGAAUCAUUUGACGCCAGCAGAUAAAUAACCAUGAUUAAGCAGUUAAUCGACCAUGACUGGCGAUGUGUUUUUAACACAAAAAAUGUUUUUUUCUGUGAAAGCGCGCGCUUGU